ACUACACAGAACCAUAGAGAUGGUAUAUUUGGUGAAGAGUUUAGAAAGAAAGUUAGGGAGAGAGAAGGAAGAGAACCUAUUGUACAUGACCUUGCAAACGAAAGUUUACAAAAUGUCAUAAAAACUUACUUUGCAGACGAUGAAUCGAGAAGGGAUGAAUAUUUAAGAAAACUCAAAUGGACAGUACCAAAUGAAAUGUUAGUAUUGAAAAACAUGUUCCUUGACAAAAUAAAACCAACUACAGAAAUAAACGACGCAAGACUGAAAGAUUGGGUAAAAGCUUUCCCAUUCACAAAAGAUAUAGUUGGUAACAUGGAAAGAAAACCAGAAUGGCUACAAAAACAUAUAUUUGGAAACGAGCUUAUUCCAUAUGGACAGGCACUGUUUGAAGAGCUUGAACCAGAAACUCAGGAAAGAGUCAUGCAAACAAUACGCGAAGACUCAAAUACAGACUAUGACAAACUCUUUCUAGGAUAUAGGUUACCUGAGAUGGGCGACCAGAGCCAAAAGGCAAAAAGGACAUGGGAAAUUUGCAACAUACUAGAUGAACAUAAUGCAAAGAUGCAACAACUUCAAGCAGAGGGCAAUGAAGGAAAAAGAAGAGUUAAAAACUCAGUCAGGAAGAAAGUAAAGCUUGGUCCACGUGGGUUCUAUUAUGACAUAUAA